AUGGUGCAAAGUAUCUCGGAAUGGAUUGUUAAUCGCGAACUUGACUCUGACGUAUCGAAGUUUCGCAACUUCUUGAGCGAAUGGGUAGCAACACGAAGAUCUGACGGGGAUAUGGAAAAGUAUCUCAAUGCACCACACCGAUUUACAUGGCCGGACCUACCAACAGCGCCCGACUACAAUGUACCAUUCAAGAUGGGCACAACCUGGGAUGGAAAGCCAAACUGGAUGACUGGCCAUCGGUCUAGAUUCACCGCAAUGAAGAUGGAGCAGUACUGCUUUCGCUGGGAGAGGCCACCACAGAGCCGCUCGUUGAUCGAGGCUGAGAAUAGUGUAUAG